CGGCAGAGGAAACGCGAUCGGACAGGUGAAGUUGAGGAAUUUCUGACGACUGACAAUGGUGGGGGCGAACGUGAAAGGGGAAACGAUGAAGCUGAUGGAGAAGAGGAGCGCAAUCGAGUCGGAGAUGAACGGCAUCAUUCACCGUCUCACCCAGCCCGGCGGCCCUGGACUUUCCGGCAACCUCGUCGACUCGGAGGGUUUUCCACGGACUGAUAUAGACAUUCCAGUGGUUAGAGCAGACCGGCAUCGUCUGGCAGAGCUGCGAAACGAUCACAAGGAGAUUACUAAAAAGAUAGAGGCAAGCAUAGAAAUUCUGCAUUCAGCAAGGCUUGCACCUAAAUCUUCUAGCCCUGGAGACUCAGGUAACAAUGAGACAUCAAGUAGUCUAAACGCAUCAAGCGACAACGCAGCUGCAUCUGCAGCCAUGGAUGUGGAUCCCUUCAUCAACAUACCAUUCACAGUGAUCGAUGAGAUAGCUGAUGCAUCCCCAACUGCUGAAGAUGGUCUACAGCUCGGAGAUCAGAUUGUUAAAUUCGGCGAUGUCCAGUAUCAAGCUGGUGAGAAUCUUCUGCAGAAGCUGGCUUCCGAGGCACAGGCCAACCAAGAUAAAGCAGUAUCCGUGGUCGUACUAAGGCAAGGCUCCCCGAUCAACUUGACCGUGACUCCAAGAGCAUGGGAAGGCAGAGGCUUGUUGGGGUGCAGUUUCCGGGUGUUGUAAGCCGUAACUAUUCAACGUAUCACUGGCAUUCGAACUUCGAGAGUCUUAAGUCUUUACUGUCGAUCUGGUCAAAGUAUGCACUGUAGUCUUCCCCGUUUAAUGUGUUGAAUCUGCAUGAACUUGUUUUCCUUCUUCUUCAGCUUAACAAAUUGAUGAUUGAUGAGGUAUAUGGUCCUUUUAUCCCCGGGUGAAGAACUUCCAUAAUGUCACCUUCCCAACUGUUCCUUUUUCCUGUUUCUUAUCCUUUCCCAAUUGCUGACAGAGAAUUGAACAAUAGGAAUAGGCUUCUAGGUUGCUCUAAAUGAAGAGACGCUUGCUUGAAAGAAUGUUCCAAGCAAUUGACUUUUGGGGGUCUAUGAAAUUGACUGAGAAUGGUAGGAAUCAUUGGCUUGAGCUAAGAGUGAUAGGCUUCUGAGAUAGACGAUCUAUCGUAGUGGAUGGUUGUUGUUAAUGAAGAUCCUCGUGAAAUUCGAGUUUUAGCUCGAGUACUUCAACUAUAGGAUGUAACGAUCAUUUAUUGAUCAUGUGAUAUUCCGUUGAUGGAUUACAACGAUUCCGUUUAAACUAGAUACUUCUUACCAAAGCAACAAAAAAGUCAACUAAGAGGGUGAUGAUGAUAAGUUUAUUCCUCUUGAUUGAUCUCACAAUUAUAAGGUUCAGUUUCCCUAACAGCCAAACCUAACAACCAAACACAUUUAUAUUUUAGGAAUAUUCUUUUUUGCUAUGUCUUCUUUGUGUUGUAUUAAAACAAAACCCUAAUCAAGACUAUGACAUAUUUAAAUAAGUUAUUACAUAAUGUCACAAUAAUAGCUAUGUUGAAUGAUAACCAAGAUGUUGGAAGACUUAUCAACAUAUAUAAGAUAUCACAGCAAAAAAUAGGAGAAAAGCAAACAAUCAGUUAUGGGGAUUCGUGCCUCGGUUCGUUAUACACGAGUUAUUAGGUGCGCAGGGUGAUCAUUUAAUUCUCUCUUCUAAACAUGUAUAUUCUAUAUUCCAUUAACAUAUUAUUAUGUUACAACAUUCACUAUAAUUAGGUGAUUUGAAUCUUCUCAGUAGACCGAGUCGACUACAUCGCUUUGGAUUAACCCAAAUCUUACUCGUAAAGUGUAUUACAUUGAUAAUAAUCUAGCAAAGACUUUGUCAUACAAUUUAUGUUAAAUCCUUGUGUAUUUUCUGAAAUUUGUAUAGCCAUUGUAGUGCAUUGAUUUUUGUAUAACCAUUGCAGUGGAUUGAUUUUUGUAUAAACUUUUUAAGAGAUAAAAUCUUUUAGGAUUUGGUUAUUUAGGGUGGAAAUCGGUACGGUAUCGGUAUCCCAAUACCAAAUACCGAAAUCCCGACCAAUUAUACCCUAAUAUCAAUCCCAAUCCCUAAAUAUUUUGGUAUCCCAAUCGAUACUUCGGUAUCCCAAUCGGUAUUAUCAAAUACAAAAUUAAUUACAUUUGCAAUUAAUAAUUAAACAUAUAAAUGAGAUUUUAUUGUUUAAUUUAGGGGGGAAAGACUAAGCAAAGUGUCUUGAAUUAGGAUAUUAUUACAGAGAAAGGAGGAGAGGAGACAUCUUAAGUUCUUGUCAUAGGUAAUCGUUAAUUUGAUGAAUUGUAGGUUGGGAGACGACUAUUAAUAGUGAUAGAAUGAUCUAUGUAUAAUUAAAUGACACUCUUGGU